UGUUGUCUGCCGCUGCCGCCGUCAGUAGUAAAUCCCUCUACAUCAUCACCAUGGGCUCGACGCUGUGUAUGGUCCUCCUCUCAUCCCUCAUGGCUGUGACCUCCGCCAACAAUUGCCCCGCCGGCUGCGUGUGUCCCGCCUACAUGGUGAGCUGCGGGGGUCUGGGCAUGGAGAAGCUCCCCUUCCCCGUCUCCCCCUCUACCUGGACCCUGGACAUUAGCCACAACCGGCUCACGUGGCUGGGGGUGGGCAGCUUCUACGGCCUGCCCCUCCUCUCCCGCCUCCAGCUGGCCCACAACCUGAUCUCGCAGCUCAGCCCCGGCGCCUUCCAGAACGCCACGGCGCUGCGGCACCUGGACCUCUCCUCCAACCGGCUGCAGGUGGUGGGCCGCCACCACUUCCUGGAGCUGACGGGCCUCGAGGAGCUGCUGCUCUUCAACAACCGCAUCGUGCGCGUGGAGAGCACGGCGCUGAUGGGCCUGGGACGGCUGCGCCGACUCUACCUCAGCUUCAACCACAUCUCCGACUUCCCCUUCUUCUCCAUCCGCAAGCAAACGCACCCGCACCUCCUCACCGUCGACCUGUCCUCCAAUCACAUGUCCCGGCUGCCCGUGGAGGACAUCGCCGCGUGGCCGGCCACGCACCAGCGGGGCCUGUUCCUCUACAACAACUCCCUGCUCUGCGACUGCUCCGUCUACGCCAUGUUCCGGCACUGGGAGAUGAAGGGCUACGAGUCGGUGAGGGACUACAGGGACGAGUACCGGUGCCUGCUGUACGGCGACCCGCGGGCGUCCGUCAAGUUCUUCCGGCACUCGCGCUUCUUCGAGAACUGCACGGUGGGGCGGACGCUGUCGCUGGCCGGAGCCAAGGCCAACCUGGUGGUGUACGAGGGCGAGCUGGUGAAGCUGGAGUGCACAGGAAGCUCCUCCUCCUCCUCCUCCUCUGCACUAGCGGACAACGUCACCUUCUCCUGGGCGUCUCCGCACCCCGAGGGCCUCGGCCAGCACCUCCAGAACGGCAGCCUGCGCCUCAAUGCCGACGGGAGCCUGGAGAUCCCCUUCGCCCGGCCGGACGACUCCGGCGUGUACCAGUGCACGGCGCUGGACCGCGUCCAGAUGCUCAACGAGUCCCGCGAGGUGAACGUGACGGUGGUGAGCCGGGGGGCCAUGGAGGAGCCCUUCAACACGGGCUACACCACGCUGCUGGGCUGCGUGGUGACGCUGGUGCUCAUCCUCAUGUACCUGUACCUCACGCCCUGCCGCUGCAGCUGCUGCCGCCAGCCACCCUCCUCCCCGUCCGCCUCCUCCGUCCUGCGCGAGGACCACUGCACCCUGGCCUCCAUCUUCGGGGCGCCCCCUUCCCUGGCCGGGUGUGGCGGUGGUAAUGGUGGUGGUGGAGGAGGGGGAGGUGACAGUGACCCGAUGCCCAGGAAGGUGCCUCCUCCUGGGGGGUCGGUGGUGGACCGGCGCGUGGUGUUCCUGGAGCCCCUGCUGGAGGAGCAGAAUGGCCACCUGAAGGCCACCUUCGGCCAGGAGCAGCUGGCUCAGUUCCAGUGGGAAACCGAACGCCUGACCCCCGCUACCGCCACCAAGCGCAAUGCGGCUAUGUAGUCCUCUCUCUCUCACACACACUCACAGGUCCACAGGGACAGCUGUCUGGGCCUGUCUAAAAGUAAUGCAUCUUCUUUGAUUAAGGCACAGGACUGAAUGCCUUAUACACAUUGAAUGCAAUCCCUCCCUCCCAUAUAUAGCCACUCACCCAGGAAUACAACACACACGGAUAGA